AUGGGUGCCGACAUUCCUAUUCCACAUCAGCCGGGACCCGCGUUGCCGCGCUCCGUCAACGUUGUGGCUAUGUCUAAGUCAAGAGACUAUGCCUAUGAUAGGUGCUCUCGUGAACAGCCGAAGUGUGCCACUUGCCGCCCUUGGCCUGGCGAGUGUGUCUAUUCCAAAGAAGUCUCAGCUCCAAGAUAUCAAACAGGAGCCUCGAGCGCGAAUACCGGGAUCCUAUACCCAACAAAGAAAGACUUGGACAGUUUCCAGGAGCGCCUCAGUCGUAUAGAAGCAGCUCUUGAGAAACUGGCCCGCGCUGUGGAUAGUUUAAACCCUAAUAUGAACAGGGUAGAUGCCACUUUCGCAUCUGAAAAAAUAGCUGGCUUUUUUAUUCCAUCAAGAGCUCUUGGAUAUACGCUUAUUGGUCGGUUUCUGAAUAUUUCUGACCUGGCUGACUUGAUCGCUAUCAAGCCUUCUGACCAGAUUUUGAUGGAAGUCAUUUUUGAGCCUGCAUCAGUUACCCAACGCAGUUGGGUACUUUACAUUAAUUUUAUAUUCCUCAUUAUCUCCCACAAGGACCAGACACUUAGCCACCUCACCACAUCAUUCCGGCAUAACAUUCGACUUGCCUUAGAUGAUGCCAAAAUAUUCCUAGAGCCAAACGAGGUGAAUGUUCAAGCAUUGACCAUGCUUUCUUGCCUUGGAGAGGACUAUACUUCUCCGAGCCUAUCAUGGAUGCUUGCAAGCCACGCCUGCCGGCAGGCCCAAGCCCUAAGCCUACACUUUACGGAGCAGCACUACUCCACAGAACAACAGCGCCGAUUGACUCUCUUUUGGGUAGUGUUCAUGGUCGAUAAAGCAUGCGCCUUGGUUUUUGGUCACCCAAUAUUAUUAUCAAGUAAACUGUAUGAAAACGUGCCCUUGCCUGAUUUCCAGCACCUCUUAAAAUUUCGCCCCCGAUAUGGGCAAUCCAACAAUGUUCACUCGCAGCUUUAUUUGUCAACAUUUGGCGCCCACUUUUUGACUCAAAACAUCAAAUUGGCAAGAUUAACUGGCUUAAUCCUUGAUAUCCCGACUAAUGGCUCUCAACAUAGUGGUCGGGAGGGCUUAAUAUCGUAUCUGGAUGAUUGGGACGUGUCAACAAGACAGAUCUUAUCAGAAGCUCGGGGACUUGAAGCUGAUCAUGCGAGUGAAGAACAGCUUCGUGGAAUGUCUCUUGCCAUUCGACUCAUGAGGUUCAAGUAUUUACACAUCCUUGUCUUGACAUUACCAGAAGAUGUCCAAUACGCUACUCUCCGACUUGAGUCUUCGCGGGAGGCUCUGUCCCUUCUUUCACACCUUUCGAGUAAACACCAUGUAUAUAGAGGAAUUUUCUGGACACUUCUUUAUUAUCCUUUUACCUCAUUUUUCGUAGUCUUCAAUCACAUUACGUGCAAUCCAGAGGCACCAACCACGAGCGGAGAUUUAGAUCUGUUGACCACAACGCUGUCAUAUUUCCAGUCGAUGAAAGUAAAACUACACACACAAUCUGUUGUUACAUCUGAGUUGGAGAAAAUGGUCGAAUCAUUUAUUCAGCUUGCACGCUCAGCCGUCUCGAAAGACAUACCAAGUUACACUUAA